AUGUCUAUGUCGGCCAAUCUUCAUCUGGCAUUUCAAGCUUUCUCCCAAUUCAAACAAAAAUACAAUACUGCACCAAAACCAUGGGAUGACGCACGAAAUCUUUUUGAAGACCAAUUUCACAAUAAUAUUGUUCAAUUACUUGCUCAUUUUCCUUCUGAUCAUGUAACGAACACCGGUGAACGUUUUUGGACCGGAUAUAAAAUGUGUCCACGUGUGCUUCAAUUUGAUUCAAGUAACAAAACUCAUCUUGACUUUAUUGUUGCGGCAUCAAACUUGAUGGCCUAUGUUUAUGAUAUUCCCAAGCUUGUUGAUCGAUAUGAGAUUGUUCAACAACUCAAUCAAAAUCCAAUAGUUAAAUUCAAAGUGAAAGUAAAUAUUACAGAUGAUGAUGAUGAUUCAAAGUCUAACACCCAAGCUGAACCUCCAUGUGGUGAAUGUCAGGAUGAGACCGAGUCUAAAGUUGAUGCUAUUCUCUCUCAGCUGCCCAGAGUUAACAACCUACUCAAUUUAAAAGUUCAACCACAUGAUUUGAAACUAGAGGAUGAUUUUAACUUUCAAUUAGACUAUAUCGUAGCUACCGCUAAUCUGCGAGCAGAAAAUUAUGGUAUCGAAACAGUUGAACGAAACGAAUAUUUAAAAUGUUGGUGUCGUCAAACAAAAUUAAAUAGACAAACAAUUGUUAAAUGUGUUGAUUUUGAACGUACAGAAUUUCUAGUUAGUUGUGAUUUUUCUAAUAAAAAUAUAUCUGUUCAACAAAAUCGAACUAUAAAAACAAUACCAUGUGGUCUUGUAAUUAAAAGUAUAGAUUAUUUUAAUAGUAUCCAAAAGGAAUUUAAACAUGGACAAGAUGAUCCCGAUCCAGGAACAAAUUUGGUUUUUUUUACUGGGACCGCGAUCAAAAACGACUAG